CUGGUCAUAACCAUAGCUUAAAAGUUUUGAGGUUAGAUACAAGUCAGUAGUGAUAAAUAAAAAUACAAAACAUACAUAUCUGUGGAGCGAUUGAGAGAAUAUUUAUAAAUUAUAUACAUAUAUCCCUCUAAUAUCUGUUGAUAGAUAGGUUACACACACCAUAACUAUAAUAAAUAAACACACUUUAUCAGUGCUGCUUAUUCUUUCUCCAUGGGUUACACAUUUACAACAGUAAAGGAAAUAAAGAAGAUAAAAACAGAAUAAUAUAAAACUAAAAUAUGCCGAAAGGAGGUGUAGAUGUUAUCGUUAAUGAUAUUCAGAACAAUCCGCAAUGCCCCCAUGGUCCAACAAUAUUAUUUUUAAAACAAAUAAAAGGUGGAGAAAUAAAAAAAUAUUUUUCAUGCUCAGCUUGCAGAGAUAAAAAAGAAUGCAAGUUUUUUCUUUGGAUGGAUCAAAAAAAUAACUAUAAUAAAGCCACUUGGGACCUGGAAAUUAUGAAUUUUAAAAAAGGCAUAAACCAUAGACAAAUGUUUAUAAACUUGAAUGAAAUAUUAGAAGCAAAUACAAAAAAAUGGUUUUGUAAUACUUGUAAUGAGUUAUCUGUAGAUGGUAAAAAACAUAAUUUUUCACAUUUAGUGUUGAAAGGGUUGACUGUAGAUGAUUUGGAACGACCAUCUGAAAUAUUACCACCUCUGAAUGAUUCCAAAAAAGAAGCACAGUACCAUUUUUCAGAAUCAUCUGUUGAAGUAAUCAUUAGGAUAUUUAAACAAUUACGCUAUCAAUAUGUAAUAUGCGUAGGUACUCCUAGAAUUCAUGAAUAUAUCAAGAACAAAUGUCCAAAUUUAAGUAGUAUACUCUUAGAUAUAGAUAAGAGAUUUCACAAUUUUUUUGGUCCUUUGGAGUUCUGUUGGUACAACAUGUUCAACAAUCAUUUUUUCUUUGAUGAAGCCCAAGAUGUUUUUGAAACAUAUCUUCAAUCCAAUAGAGGCAAAGGAAUGGUACUUAUUACAGAUCCACCAUUUGGGGGAAGAACAGAAAUUCUUUCAGCUACGUUUAAUAGAAUAAAUGAAUCUUAUAAAAAGUUAAAUGACAUUAAAACUGACUUACCAAUGUUUUGGAUAUAUCCUUACUUCAUGGAACCACAAAUUGUCAAUGUCAUGCCAAACUUUACUAUGUUAGAUUACAAGAUAGAAUACGAUAAUCAUCGGUCAUUUCAAAACAGUCCUAAGGGAAGAAAACAUGGAUCUCCUAUUAGAUUAUUUACAAAUUUAAAACCCAGUUUAAUAGAAUUACCUUCAAAAGACUAUAAAUACUGUGAUAUGUGUGAACGGUGGGUUUCAAAAGAAAAUAGACACUGUGGUAUGUGUCACGCAUGUACAUCAAAAAAUGGAGAAACUUACACUCAUUGCUAUGUGUGUAUGAGAUGUGUGAAACCAUCAUGGAAACAUUGUCAAACUUGCAACAGAUGUGCACAAGUUGAUCACACUUGCAAAACACUUGCUUUUAUAAAGGAAUGUUUCAACUGUAAGGAAAAAGGCCAUAAAAAAACCAAUUGCCCUUUGUUAACAAUUAUUGAUAAGCAAGAGAUAAAAAAGCCAUUAACUAAAGUUGACAAACAGGAGAAAAGAAAACCACUGACUUAUGGGAUCAAUUUAAAAAAGAAAUUGAAGACAUAACUGAAAUUUUAUUUUAUAAUUAUUAAUAAUAAAAAUAGAACACAAU